AUGGAUUCUUAUCCAUUCUCGCAAUCCUCUAAAUUUGUUGAGCUAUUAAAUAGUCAGCAAAGCAUCUUCUUUGGCAACAAUGACGACAGUGUUUCACUGUCUUCAUCACAAUCUCCGUCUGUAGGCAAUUUUGGAACCGAAGAUGGUGGAGAGACUGGUACACAACGUAGAGAACGGCGGAAGUGGACGCCUAAGGAUGACAUUGUGCUCAUUAGCUCAUGGCUUAACACAAGUAAAGAUCCAGUGGUGAGCAAUGAACAAAGGUCAGACGCUUUCUGGACAAGAGUAAUGGCUUACUUUGCGGCAAGUCGUCAAGAUGGUGGAUGUGACCAGAGAGAAUCUAGGCAUUGCAAGCAACGUUGGCACCGGAUCAAUGAUCUCGUGUGCAAGUUCGCUGGAGCCUACGCAGCUGCAAGCAGGGAGAAGACGAGCGGGCAAAAUGAGAAUGAUGUGCUGAAACAAGCACAUCAGAUAUUCUACACUAACCACAAGCAGAAAUUCCUCCUUGAACAUGCCUGGAAAGAGCUGAGGAACGACCAAAAGUGGUGUGAGCAAGCGUCUGCUAAAACCGAAGGAAGUAAGAAAAAAACGAGUUUUUAUCGAACGAAACUGUGA